UGUUUGAACUCGGUUCUGUUUGAUCAGUGAAGACUAACUUCAAAGUCCAGCUGGGGAAUGUAUUCACAAACCGACACACAGAAACAGAUUCCACAGGAAGAGAGCAGGAUGUGGAUUAUUCCAAUCAUAGUUGUAGCUGCUCUCCUGAACACCCCAGCUCUGGCUGGGGUAAAAGACAUCAGUUCACACUUUGAAGGACUGAAGAAUGAAAAGGCAGUGGAUGCACGUGCACAUUCUCUGGGUGGAGAGAACACAGACGUCGAGCCCCAAUCACUGGACUUCCAUCGGGAGAACACGGUCACAAACUACCUUCCUCUAGAAGGGCUCGACGAUGAGGACUACAUCGACUUCGAUAAGAUCUUGGAGGAGGGUGAGGAUGACUACAGCGAAGGUGAUCAUAUAGAUGAGAUCUCCACUCCUGCCCCUGACCUUGACUUAUACUCAGAACCCUCAGACCCCAAAAUACGACGAGCACGCCUCUUAAAGCUAUUCCACGGACAAACUCGCCUGCAGCGCAUCAACGUGGUGAAUGCCCGCUUUGGGUUUCGCCUUUAUCGAAAACUUAGAAAUCGACUCAACCAGACCGACAACAUUCUGCUCGCUCCUGUUGGAAUCUCCAUUGCGAUGGGCAUGAUGGCUCUUGGCGUUGGCCCAGCCACUCACGAAAAGCUCUAUGAAACUCUCGGUUUUGCCGAAUUCGUCAACGCCAGCACUCAAUACGAUAACUCUACAGUGCACAAGCUGUUCCGCAAACUUACGCACAGGCUUUUCAGACGAAACUUUGGCUAUACCUUGCGCUCUGUUAACGACCUGUACGUGAAACAAAAUGUCCGCAUACAGGAUGGGUUCCGUGGUGAUGCAAAGACUUACUACUUCGCCGAACCGCAGUCGGUGGACUUUGCCGACCCUGCAUUCAUCGUGAAGGCAAACCAACGCAUUCAGAAGAUCACAAAAGGUCUGAUCAAAGAACCGCUUAAGAGUAUCGACCCCAACAUGGUAGUGAUGCUACUGAAUUACCUCUACUUCAAAGGUACAUGGGAGCAGAAGUUCCCAAAGGAACUGACGCACAUAAGGAAUUUCCGUGUCAAUGAGAAGCAGCAGGUGCGUGUUCCCAUGAUGCAGAACAAAGGAAGCUACCUGGCAGCGGCCGACCACGAGCUCAACUGUGACAUUCUGCAGAUGCCUUACAAUGGUAACAUCAGCAUGCUCAUCGCUGUUCCUCAGAAAUUCUCAGGAAUGAGAUCCCUUGAGCAGGAGAUCUCGCCAACACUUAUCAAUAAGUGGCUCAACAGCAUGACCAACAGAACUCGUGAGGUGGUGUUCCCUCGGUUUAAACUCGAUCAGAACUACGAUCUGAUUGAGCACCUGAAAGAAAUGGGCCUCACGGACCUGUUCACCGAAAAGGGUGACUUUUCCCCCAUGACUUCAGAGAAGGUCGUCAUUAACUGGUUUAAGCACCAGAGCAUUAUUACUGUCAAUGAAGAAGGUACAGAGGCCGCAGCAAUGACACACAUUGGUUUUAUGCCUUUAUCGACACAAACACGUUUCGUUGUGGACCGACCCUUCCUCUUCCUCAUCUACGAACAUCGAACAGGCUGCGUCGUGUUCAUGGGACGUGUGGUAGACCCUUCACGGAGUUAAUCAAACAUGCAUUCACACACACAGCUGUAAUCACUUCUCAAGUAUAACAAAUCACUGUAAAGCACUGAAAUGGAAUAGUUUGUUUAAAAAAGACUGUAAUAUGACAUAAAAGUAGCCAGAUCAUAACAUUCUGUGACAUUAUCAAGUGGAGACUGUUGUAAAGCAAUGCUAGUGAAAUGUAAACAAUGAGAUCAUCAACUGAUAAACAUAUUUGUUCAUUUGUAAGAGAACAUGUUGUGGAAAAUAAAAUGAAUCAGAGGACUGCUA